AGCUCGACUUCACCACGGGCGAUGCCGGCGCCUCCUUCACCUACCCCAUGCAGUGCUCGGCGCUGCGGAAGAACGGCUUCGUGGUGCUCAAGGGGCGCCCCUGCAAGAUCGUGGAGAUGUCCACCUCCAAGACGGGCAAGCACGGCCACGCCAAGGUCCACUUGGUUGGUAUUGAUAUCUUCACUGGUAAAAAAUACGAAGAUAUUUGCCCAUCAACUCAUAACAUGGAUGUUCCAAAUAUCAAGAGAAAUGAUUACCAGCUGAUAGGUAUUCAGGAUGGGUAUCUCUCCCUGCUGACAGAAAGUGGUGAAGUUCGUGAGGAUCUAAAGUUACCAGAAGGGGAUCUUGGCAAAGAAAUAGAAGGAAAAUUCAAUGCCAAUGAAGAUGUGCAGAUAUCCGUCAUAAGUGCAAUGAAUGAAGAAUGUGCUGUAGCCAUAAAGCCUUGCAAAUAAAGAGGAUCACCAGGCUCGGGCAACUGCUCAGGUCUGGACAAACCACAGAUCUAUAAAUUUGGUUCUUAUUGUCACCAAAGCUCUGGCCUUCACAAGCAACCUCAUUUCUUUUUUUGAAUUGUUAAAAAGCAGUGCUGGAUUCUGGAUUAGUGUUGCAGGCUAACUGGCAGUUUUCAAAAUCACUGAGAUUUUAAUUCCUUAAUUGUAACUAUUUUAACAUUCCUGUGGGUUUCAGCUAUGGAUCUAAGAAACCAAUCAGGUGUUACUAGUGGAUAUAUUUUUAUUUGCUUGAGCAAAACAGUGUUUGUCUGUAUGAACAGACAAAAUACAGUAUUCAGGGGCUUUUAGAUAAGCUGGUAGGUAUCUAGGAUUAUAAAGUGACCUAGAGCACAAAUAGUAUUUUUCUUGACAUGUUUAGGUAGAACUGACAAUAAAAGUAGCAUUUUUUUUUUUUAAGCUUAAGUAUUUUGUGGAUUGGGACUCUUGCAGAACUGUAGGUGCCAAUCGCAACUCUUAGACCAAGAAACUCAAGUGAUCAAAAAUGCCAGCUGGCUUGACCAAGCCCCAGUGGCCAUGUGCAACUUAACUGUAUUACCUCUGUAUUCUUCUUUGCCAACUCGUUGGCUUAUUGUAACGAUAAAAUGGUGUCAAAGCCUACCUGUGGUUUAGGCAGGCAGUUGGAAUAUUGGGUAGGUAAGACAUAGAUAAGUCAAGGGGACACAAAGGUGAGAAUGGAUGUUAAAGCUAUAGACUUUCACUCGAGGCCUUUGUCAGACUUGAAAAAUAAAAUAGAAAAAUGCAGUUCAA